AUGAAAUGCUCAUUACUAGACUGUGAGCUUUGGCGAAUUGGGGCCCUAGAUGCAGGUCCUGGAACAUUACUACCCCCAGCGAUGUCGAUGCCAUUAAAUCAUACCAUUCGGUUGUAUCCCGGGCCAUACCGAGCCGGAAACGACUCUCUCUUUUCUUGUCAUCCCUCGCCCUUUAGUUCGUCCGCAGUUGAGUUAGCUUUCUUGCACCCCUCGUCACAUCAAAUCGAUUUUUGCUGGCAGGAAUAUUUAAACAACGUCGACAAGAUAGAGAACGUGUUAAACGCACCUAACUCAGAAGAGAUACCCCCAAAGGCCAAAAGUGGCAAUACCAGCCUUGCCAAUCGUCAUUAUGCGCUCGUAUUUACGAUCUACUUGUCUGCCAUCCUUAGCAUGCCACACGAGGACGUCGAGAGUUGUUACAAUGCGCCCAAGACUGAGGUUCUGAGAACCUAUCGCGCUGUCGCGGAGCUCGCUCUAGCAAGAGCGAAUUUUCUGAGGACCGGAAACAUUUUGAUACCCUCCAGGCUAUCAUGGUAUUUUUGUCCAUUGGCAUAUUCAUGGAUGAAACAAAGUUCGCGUGGGCAUUGA